CGUGCAUUAAGCGCAUGCGCAAUGCCACCUUACGUGGCAUCGGCAGCAGUCACUAUUGCAGCGAAAUAUAUUUUCUUCAUUUAGUGUAAACAUUUGUGGAAAUAUUAACUUUUGUUAUGGUUCAAAUACGUUUAAUGACACAACGAUAAAAAAUGAAUCCACAAUAUAUACAGCAACAACAAUCACAACAGCAAGAACACUCACAACAACAGUCUAGUUACUUUCCUGGUCCUCCAACUUCAUCUCCAUAUGGAGAAGUAAAUUCUAAUGUUCCACCAAAUAUGUUAAAAAGACCACCAAUGAAUUCCCAAUUAUAUACUACUCAGAAAACAAUGCAAGGUCCUUCCCUUACUAAUUUACAUCAGGCUCAAGCACCGUAUUACAUGAAUAAUAUACAAACACAAGGAAAUACUCAGUAUGAAUUAUCUACAAAUAAUCCACAUAUACAACCUCCAACAAGUCAAAAUAAUAUAGUUAAUCAAAUGUCAAAUAUGUCUUUGGGAGAUCAACAAAGACCGCCAUCUGUGCAAAAUUUUCCUCCACCACCUCUACCUGGAAAGAGCAGUCCAACAAUAUCAAAUAUAAAUGGCUUUAAUAAUACAUCAGAAACAUCACCAGGAAGUGGUCCUGCUGGGCAGACUGAUCCUGGUGGAAAAUCUGGAUCAGCUAUUCUUGGACAGAAUCUACAAGAACAAAAGGCCACUUUAAAAACUUCAACCCCACAGCUUAUUGGUCUUCCAUUCUCAGGACAUUCUACAGGAACCACUUCCAGCCAUUAUCACGCUGGGCAAACUUUGUCAUCUGAACAAGCAUUCAAUGCAGGAUUGUCUUCAAGUCAACAUCAACAAAUGAAUGUUACUGAUACAUCUGAACAAUCGAAUUUUUCCAAGCCACCAAUGGGACAAAGGUCUACAGCACCACCAUUACAGGGACAACAAAAUGUAUCAAAUUCAUCGUUACCUGAACAACAAAAUCUCUCUAACCCAGUAAUGCCGGGUCAAACAAAUUUAUCAGGGCCUCCAUUAUCAAAUCAACAAACGUAUAAUAGUAUGAUUAUGCAAGGACAUGGACAACAAAAUUUAAUAGGACCGUCAAAACAGAAUUUAUCAAAUCCGCUAUUUCAAACUCAACAAACUUUAUCUGGUCCUCUUCUUUCUACACCACCUUUACCCCCAGGACAUUAUUCUGCAUUACAAGGACAAAAAUCCAGUCAUUCUUUUCUAGAACCGCAAAAUAUAUCCACUUCUAAUUUAUCUGGACCUCUACUAAUGAAUCAACAAAACAUACAUCCAUCUUCAGUAGCAGGUCAACAGAGUGGUGCUCCACCUUUAUUAACAAAUCAACAGAGCUUUAACAGGCCGCCAUUAUUAGGACAACAGACUGUAACUAAUUCGCAAAUGCCACCUCCAUUACCUUCUCAAUCAGUAGGACAAAUGAUAAAUCCUGGCACAAAUUUACUACAAACUGGUCAAAGACCAUACACGUCUGGACCACCAGUGCCAGGACAACAUAUGGGAAAUCCAUUAGCAAUUAGUCGUAAUCCAUCCAGUGCAAUGCCAAACUAUCAACAUACAGGAUAUCAAGGCUAUAAUAACGAUAUGUAUAAUAUUCAAAGAGGUUCAUAUCCAACUGUUCCACCUGGUGUAACAAGUGGAUAUCAGCCUGGUAUGCAAUCACAACAAGCUAGACGUUUGGAUCCUGAACAGAUGCCAAGCCCAAUCCAAGUAAUUCAAGAUGAUCAGCGUGUAAGAGGUGGUGUAUUUAUAACCAAUCAAAAAGGAUUGGUUCCUCCAUUAGUAACUACCAAAUUCAUAACGCAAGAUCAAGGAAAUGCAUCUCCUAGAUAUAUCAGAUCUACCAUGUACACUAUUCCUACCACAGCGGAUAUUAUAAAACAAACGAAUGUUCCAUUUGGUCUAAUAGUAAGUCCAAUGUCUCGUAUAGCGAAAGGAGAAUACGAACCACCUAUUGUAGAUAUGGGUGAAAUUGGUCCAGUGCGUUGUGUGAGAUGUAAAGCAUAUAUGAGCCCAUUUAUGCAAUUUAUUGAUGCAGGCAGAAGAUUCCAGUGCAUGUUUUGUAAAGCAACAACUGAGGUUCCAGCGGAGUAUUUCCAACAUCUAGAUCAUACUGGUCAACGUAUGGACCGUUAUGAAAGACCAGAAUUAAUGUUAGGAACAUAUGAAUAUAUUGCUACUAAAGAUUACUGCAGAAACAAUACUUUUCCAAAACCACCAGCCAUUGUGUUCGUGAUCGAUGUAUCAUACAACACAGUCAAAUCUGGUUUAGUUAAUUUACUAUGUAUGCAAAUGAAGUCAAUCUUGCGGCAUUUACCUGUUGAUGCUGGUCAAUCGAAAACGAAUAUGAAUGUAGGAUUUAUAACGUACAAUAAUACGGUGCAUUUUUACAAUAUUAAUUCUUGCCUUGCUCAACCACAAAUGAUGGUUGUGGGAGACGUACAAGAUGUUUUUAUGCCACUUCUUGAUGGAUUUUUAUGCAAUGUUGAAGAGAGCGAGUCUGUUAUUGACGGUUUAAUGACCCAAAUACCAGCACUGUUUGCAGAUACGCGCGAAACUGAAACAAUUCUUGCACCAGCCAUUCAAGCUGGAUUAGAAGCAUUAAAGGCUUCAGAUUGCGCUGGAAAAUUAAUGGUUUUCCAUUCUUCUUUGCCCAUUGCUGAAGCACCUGGUAAAUUGAAAAAUCGUGACGACCGUAAAAUUCUUGGAACAGAAAAAGAAAAAACUGUAUUGGCGCCACAAAAUAACGUUUAUAAUAAUCUAGGUCAAGAUUGUGUAAGUGUGGGAUGUUCUGUAGAUUUGUUUGUUUUCAAUAAUUCAUACGUGGACGUUGCGACAAUAGGACAAAUUGCCAGAUUAACUGGCGGAGAGAUUUAUAAAUAUACUUAUUUUCAGGCUGAUAUAGAUGGUGACCGCUUAAUUUCGGAUGUGAUUAAUAACAUUAGUAGACCAAUUGCAUUUGAUGCUAUUAUGCGCGUACGUACGUCUACAGGUGUUCGCGCAACUGAUUUUUAUGGUCACUUCUUUAUGUCAAAUACUACAGAUAUGGAAUUAGCUAGUAUAGAUUGUAAUAAGGCUAUUGCCAUAGAAGUGAAACAUGAUGAUAAACUAACAGAUGAUGAAGGUGUAUAUAUUCAAGCAGCUUUGCUGUACACUUCCUGCAGCGGAAUCAGAAGAUUACGUAUUAUUAACCUUAGUUUAAAAACGUCGUCUCAAAUGGCUGAAUUAUAUCGGGCUUGUGACCUAGAUGCUAUUAUAAAUUACUUCUCUAAACAAAGUAAAAUAAAUCAUUAUUAUGCCACAAAGAUUCCAAACAUAUUGAGUGUUAGUUUAUUAAACUUGAUUUUUAUUUUAGGUGUGUUUAAACUAAUUGAAUCAACUCCAAAAACUGUGAAAGACAAUUUAAUUUCAAGAUGUGCAAAUAUAUUGGCUGCAUAUCGGAAACAUUGUGCUUCUCCAUCAAAUGCUGGUCAAUUAAUAUUGCCCGAAUGUAUGAAAUUGCUCCCACUUUACAUUAAUUCGUUAUUGAAAAGUGAUGCAUUAUCUGGAGGUGCUGAUAUGACCAUUGACGAUAGAUCUUACGUUAUGCAAGCAGUUGCAACUAUGCCAAUUUCUAUAUCAGUUGUUUUUGUCUAUCCGAGAUUACUUCCUUUACACGAUAUUGAUCCUCAAGAUACAGAGUUACCACAAAUGUUACGCUGCUCUAUUGAUAAAUUCACCGAUGAUGGCGCGUACUUACUCGAAAAUAGUAUCCAUAUGUUCCUGUGGCUAGGUCUGGCACUUUCUCCACAAUGGGUACAGGCAGUAUUCGGUGUCCCAUCAGUAGUUCAAGUUGACACAGACUGUACUGCACUGCCAGUAUUAGAUACUCCAUUAAAUAAACGAAUUACUGAUAUCAUUAAUCGUGUACGUAUGGAAAGGCAUCGUUGUAUGAGGUUAACUAUAGUGAGGCAACGCGAGAAACUAGAAAUGGUAUUGCGCCAUUUCUUGAUCGAAGACAGAGAAAACGACGGAAGUCCAAGUUACGUUGAUUUCCUUUGCCAUAUGCACAAAGAAAUAAGAACACUUCUUAGCCAAUAAAAUAAAUCUUAAAGAGCAAUCAGUUACCUUAUGUUGGAAUCCUAGCUUGCUACAUGUUUGUGACUGUUGUCAUGUUAUGUCCAGGAUCAGUUAAAUUAUUAAAAUGAAAUUCAUUCAAGGCUCAAUGGGGAUCAUAGGUUUUGCGUGCAUUUAUACGCACUAUGAUUUAAAAAAAAAAAGUGAAGCAAAAUUAACAUAUAUUUCUAACAUGGUACCUAUAAAAAGGCAAUGAAAUCUUUAGAAAAUAACUAAUCAUUCCGCGGAAAAGAAUGGUGUAGUUAACAUCAUAUGGAAACAUUUGGGUGCACUCAUACAGUGAUUUAUACAUGAACUGUAAACGUAAACUUGUAUUAUUAUUACAUUUUAUUUUAACUAGCUCAUUAAUGUUAUUAUUAUGUUAAAUUAAAUAAUAAAAAUGUAUUAAAUCAUUAUAAAUUUAUAUAUUAAAACAA